ACAACAAAACAACAUUUUUAUUUUCACUCUUCAACCACGAACUUAAAACUAUGUGUGUGCAGUGUUAAACGCGAGAAGAAUGGAAAUAGAAACAAAAUCAUUAGUACGAAAAGAGCACCCAUCGAAUCAAAAUAAUUUAUUUAUCGGGGAUAUGUGAGGUUAUGUUGUAAAUUAAUAAUUAAUUUGCCACAAGAGCACUUUAAUUGUUAUCAAUAAAUGGGAUAGCUGAGCAACCCUUUUGAAUUUUGCAUUGGUUUAUCUCGUUCGAAAAUUUCGUUUACGAUUUUGUUUUGAAAAGGAUUCAUCAGGGAUCACAUUUUGUGCUGAAGAAAGGUAUUAGGAAAAUCAAAAAAAAAAAAAAUCCCAUUGUGUUAAUCAGUGUUGAUUAAGUGAUAAUAAAAAUCAAAAUUGUAGAAAAAAAAGGGAAUCGGAAAAAUGACAAGAACAUUUUUUAUAUGUGCAACAUUGUGAUUCAUUUAAUAUGAAGGGAAUUUUCAUAUAUAAAGUUUCAAAGCUCAAUUAUCUAUCAUAAAUUGAACUAGUGUUUGUGUGUCGCCUGUAUGUAUAUAUGUAUCGGAAUGCGGACAUAUCGUGAAAAUCAUAUGUUUGGCCAAAGUUCGAUGUGUUGUCUCCUUUACACCGACUCGAAAUUAAGCUCUGCACAUCAUUGUGUCGGUUCGAUUUCGUAGUGCAAUAGUAUUUGUAAGAAAGUUAUAGAAUCUAACGUUGACGGGCGAAUUUGGGUUGUUGGUAGUUCAAAGAAUAAAAUGGUGUGGCAGGUGAAUCAAUGCGCUAUGACGCUUGCGUGGUGAUUUAGGUCUGCCAGAUUCAGUUCAUAUAUUCCAUAAUUUCGUCGGUUAUACUUUCGAACGUUGUGCAUUUAUUCGAUUUUUACUGUAAAUUACUUCGAUAGAAAUUAGUUACGAGUACCAACGACUUUCGAGAAACGUAUUCGUUUUUUAUCUAACGGGUAAAAAUAAACUUGUAUGUUAAAAGUGCUCUAAGACAGUCCAAUAUGCAGUUAAAUAAUGUUAUUAUUGAAUGAAAACACGUCGGGUCAACCUAACCAAUAUCGAUUGCCUGCGCACGCAAUCUAACUUACCAUCUACCUUUAGUGCCGAUUGGGGCCACCAAGAAGCAGGGAUCGGCAUCCCGCAACGCGAACUAAGUCUCGAGUGAAUGAAAAGUCGCGUAAAGCCAUCCCAAGAUCGGGAAAUCCGUGUUUUUUCCAUCGAAUUAUCUGGCCUACGUAGCCAUUUAUGUGAUGUGUUUGUGUUAACUCUAAAAAGGUAUAUUGUUCAAGAUGGCUGCGGGGUCCACGAACAGAAGUGUUUUAUCAACUCGAACAACACAUCUAAGUAUUGUGCUACGAUACUAAACCAACAGCCAGACGCGACGAAAACGGUGAUGAUGGGGCCAUGAGCCCGAGCCCCGUGAAUAUCGUCUUAAGCGGACCUGCACCAUGCUAGCAUUACCGAACCCGAGGUCAAUAUGUGGCCAGGACCCGGGCUGGUCGUGAUGGCGCUUGCGUUUAUUUCGGUGGCUCGGCGAGGCAUCAGUCAAAUCAUUCCCAACCAAGGGAAUAAGUUGGGAAAAGUAGGAGACGAAAACACGGGUUCCUUGGCAAGAGUUAAUCCGUGGUUAUCUGCUUGCGAUCUGGCACCUGGACCUAAUUCAGCACCGGAUCUCCAGGGUCAAUGCUCAGCCGGUACACUGCCCGUGGCCUUGGUAAAUGAAGGUCCUGGACCACCGGAGUGUCCACCGUCAUGCGAGACAUUACGUUUAAUUGAUAGAAAUACGGCUAAUAAUAAUAAUAAUAAAAUGGAGGAGAAUCGGUUUAAUGAAAAACAACAGUGCCUUGACUAUUUUGGCGAUAAUGAGGAAAGUAGUCCUGCGCAAAUAUGUAAAAAAUCAUCACGUGACAUUAUUACGACCAAAUUACGAUCAUUACGUUUAAGACAUUGCUGCGAACGAAGUGCUUUUAGUGCAAUACACAGUGAUGCACUGGUCGAUAUAUAUAAAGGCGGUUCCGAUUGUAUAAGAACUUUAAACGAUUUGUUGGAUGCUGACGCAUUAGCAUCUCGUAUAACUUGUGAACUUAAUGAAAUUCUUGUACGAUAUGAUUGUAGGCAACUAUAUUCGAUCAAACAUGGAUGCAGGGAUUGUAAGGAAGCGUAUCGAAGAUGGGUUUGUAGUACUUUAAUACCAUAUUUUGCCGAACCUGACGAUAUACGGCAAAAUUUAACAACUGUAAAUAAAAAUGGCAAUACAUCAACAAGUACGAAAGCGUCACCUUCAUCUUCGUCUUCGUCAAGAUCAAGUAGGAAUGUAAAUGACGUUAAGGAAAAUGUUUUAACAGGUUUAGUGGAUCACGAAGAAGAUCCAGUUCUAUCUAGGUUAUUAAAAAGGUCAAGAAGAAAAACGGAGACAAUACGAAAGAAAAUUCGACCGUGCUUGAGUGUAUGCCAGACAGUCGAAGAGAACUGUCCGUAUAUGCUUCCUGGUGAUAGAGCACCGGCUCAUCCUACGCAAUAUGCAGGCGAGCCGACGUUUCUUUGUCUGGACCCAAAUAUACCAGAAACAGGUGAUCAAUUAGCAAAAUCAAAUCAUGGACCAGAUAAUUGUUGUUAUCGAUAUUGUGGUUCCGUUAAAGAAGGUCUGUGUGCAUACUGUGAUUUACCCAAAAAUCAAACAGCUAGCAAACGUGAUGAACAUAUUGUCGAACCAGAAACAUGUCAAAAUCUACCAGGUCCAACGAGUACCUCGUCACAACGCUGUAUUACACCAUUCCAAGCGGCAGCAGCUGCAAUGCUGUCGCUAUCGUCCUCGUCAUCGUCGUCUUCGUCAUCGAAUCGAUUAUUAGCAUCAACGUCUAACAACCAAUUUUUUUAUUAUUAUUAUACAUGGACAAUAUCGUGGAGUUUGAUAAGUGUCGUUGCAUGGAAUAGGUUUUGUCUCCAACUUGCCGGGUCAUAGUUAAAAUAAAAUGCCCCGACUGCCCAACAACAAAUAAACAAAAAAUUAAAAAAAAAAGAUUUAUGAAAGAAAAAAAGAAACAAAAAAAGAAAGUUUUGAACGAUAUUUUAUUGAAGUGAACGAACAAAAAAAUUGAAACUUUUUAAGAAAAAAUUGUGCGUGAAAAUCGAAAAAACAAAACACAAAAUUAAAUAAUUUAAAAAAAAAACUUUCAGUGAGUGAAUAAUUGGGUGCGUAAAAAUAUAGUAAACAAUUUUAGGUGAUUUAAAACAAAAAAAAAAACAAGUGAAUUCAUUAAUUUUAAUUUUCAACAAUUUAUUAUAUGCAAAACAAAAAUGAUUUAUUAUUUUAUCAAAAAAAACUGUUUGAACUCUUGUUAAAAUAAACAUUAAGUAAAGAAAACAUUUAAUAAAACACGAGAGAUUUAUAUGAAAUUUCUUAUUAGUCCGUCAAUUUUUAUAACAAUUGCUGUUAAUUAAUUAUAUACUUUAAUUAAAACGAACGGAAAGAAAAUAAAAUUUAAAAAAAUAUUUAAUGAAAUAAUUAAAUUCGUGUUAUAUACUAAAUAAGACAGAAUAAUGUAAUAAAAAAAUUAAAAAACAAAACAAAGAAAAAAUAUGUUAAAAAAUGGAAUGCACUAUGGGAAUUAUAGACAAGCUUCUCAUUUUUUAUACUCGUUGUUAAAUAAAAAAAAUGGAAAAUAAAAAAAUAUAAAAAAUUAAAAAAAGAAUAAAAAUAUAUUAUUAAUAAGAAGCAAUUAAAAAAAAGAAAAAAACAUUUUUAUUGUAUUUGAAAAGUAAAAAAAUGAAAAGAUUGUUUUAACAUACAAUUGGGUCAAAUUAUUUGUUGUUUUUUCUGUUUUUUGAAUGAAUUAAUUUUUUGUCAUUUUUGCUAUUUUGUUUUAGCAAAGCUAUAGGAUUGACCAAAUAUAAAACAAAUAAAUUGUUAACGUGCGAUGAGCCAAUUUAGAAUUAUAUUGAUAUUGUUACAUAAAUGUGUGAAAAAAUUAACUAAAAAAAAAACUAAAUAAAAAAUCGUAAGUAGGUCUGUUAGUCAAAACAAUCGUAACACCAAACAACUUGAAAAUGAAAAAAAAUGAUGAAAAAAUAAUUUAACAAAACAAUUUUUAGCCUCCAGACUAUUUAUGAAACGAUUAAAAGAAUAAUAAAAACAUAAACGGAAAAUAAAUAAAAAAAAAAUUAUUUUUAAAAUCAAAUAAAAAAAUAUUUUAUAAUCGUAAAACAAAUAUAAGUUUCAAAUUCUACGUGAGGUUGUUGGUGUUUCGGUUUAUUUCCAAUUCUUCAAAUAAUAAAAACAACAAAAUUUAACAAAAAAAAAUCACAACAAAUUAACUAAAAGAAAACAAUCUAGGUUAACUCAAUAAAAAAAAACAUAGAAAUAAAUUUAAUUAAUGAAAACUUAUUCAAAAAGAAAAGGAAAACAUAAAACUGCGUUUAUGAUUACGAAACGUUGUGUCUGUACAGUAGCUGAAUAAAGACAAAAUGAAAGAUAAUUAAAACAAAACAAAAAUAAUAAAAGAAAAUACUACCUAUACAUUAAAGAAAAAAUAAAUACAUCUAGAUAAUACAUAGUUUAACCUUAAAAACAAAGAAAAAGGGGAAGAAGUUAAACAAUCGAAUUGUGAAAAUAAUGAAAAUUAUGUUAAAGGCGUGCAGUUGAUAUUUUUUUUAAUAAAAAGUUUCUCGCAUUGCUUUCAACUUCAUUUUAUUUUUUUCCGAUUCAACUAUUUCGUCCAUUAGCUAAUAAUAUUACGUUAAACGUUCACUGAUUUCAAAGUUUUGUUUUCAUGCGUACAGUCAUCGUUUCUUCAGUUUUUAACAUUCAGUCAUUGAUUUAAAGCAUUAAAAUUUUCUAUUUCACUAUAGGCUGAUUUAACAAGCUAUUGUUUACUGGUGAAUGUUAAUAAAAUCUAUUACAAAUGGUGAUCUGAAAUCAUUAAAUCUGUUACUUCAUUUCUUGAAAUAUGGUACAGGUAACAAUCUUGUACUUCAAUAGUUUCAAUACACAUUCUGCUAUAUGAAAGAAUUAUUACCGGAAGUGGUCUAUUUUUUCGCCAUUAUUGGUAACAGAUGACAGAAGAUAACAAUUUGAUGAAUUACGUAUGUCGAUUUCAAUAAAUUCUUGACCAUAUUUAACUCUAACAAAUAACUGAGAAAAUAUGCACUGUAUCAAAUGUCAUACGCUGUCAUUAACCCCUUCAGCAUAUGCAUAGAGUAGAAAUGACACAGCAAUAAACGUUUCCAGAUUAAUAUUUUUUUUAAAUUAACAAGCGACACGAAAUUACUCAAUACACGGUCAUUCCCAGUUGUAUAAAGGUAGCUCUCUCCUUCUUUAAAUUCUAUCAACAAUACGAAUAAACUAAAAGCAAAAUAAUUCCUAUCUGGGUGUUAAAAUAUUUCAGUGGUUGUUGUUUCUAAUACAACCAAAACGUCGAAAUACAAUUCUAGUGUAGUCCACAAAAUUGAUUCCAAUCAAUUUACAUUGCAAAUUAAUUAAAAUAGCUCAACUAAUUUUCAACAGCAAUUCAUUAAAUCAAUCAUAAUCCAGAACACUACACAUAUUUAGGCUCGACGCUCCAAGCGAACAUAAAUCCAUAAGUGAUAACAUGAAUACAUAAUUUAAUAAAUUGAGCAUUUUGAAAACGUUUCUUGUAAAUUUUCCAUUGAUGAUGACAAAAUGUGACUAAGCUGUGAAGAGUCAACAUAAUAUGCAAGUCGCGUAGUACUACACUAGUUGAUAAUUUUUUUUUUUUUUUGAGAAAAAUCAAUAUGUUUCAUCGGUAAAUUAUGCAAAUGCAUUGUGAACAACAUCAGCAAAAUUGAACAAUUUUAGCCGUCUAGUGAGAUAUUUGAAUCUUUUCAGUUGUAUAUAUGUUCCACUCGUUUUGAUUUUUUUUUUCAGAUUAUUUUCGUGCUCAAAGUUAUUGACUGAAUGUUUGAAAAAAAAUGUAGGUGGCGCGGCGCACAAAAGUUGUAAUUUUAAAAUCACAUCCCAAUCACGGGGAUUUUGUUCUAUCCAAAUAACUCUUUUGAUUUGGAAAAAUUGAAAUUUAAAUUGAAAAUAAGAGAAUCGGUUGAUCCAUUAUUUCUCAUAUUUUCAAUUGUAAAUUGAUACAAUUUCAAGUGAAAGUAGUUCUUGUGGCAGUUUCAUAUCUCCUGUACAUAGAAAUAUUUUGUAAAUAUAAAUAAAUACAGGAAUUAAACGUAAACACAUUUAAUUGACUAGAAUGAUUUUUAUCGAUGAAUGAAAUGAAAAAAAAAGUUAAAUUAAUCACACAAACGGUCAAAGUGAAUAGAACAUUAUAUUCAAACAUAUAAAGAAUUUCACCAUUUUAAAAUUACCUUAGUCCUUCAUGAACAAAACUUUGAAAACAUUUACAUCGAUUCGGUUUCUCCAUUUUACUCACGUCCUUUGAUUGAAAACGAAAAUGAUAGAGAGAGAAAAAUAAUAUCUACAAACAUAAGACAAACUGCCAUGAUAUAGAAAUUUAAAAAAAAAAAAUAAAAAAUGUGAAGAACAUGCUAUCUUUUAGAAACACCUCUUUUUCACAUAAUGAGUUAAUAGAAAAAGUUUACCACUUCAUACAAUUUAAUUUCGCCCAUUUUCGGAAAGAAAUAUUUCGAAGUAAAUGAAGAAGUGUUAAGCUGUGUUCUUAAAACAUUAUUUCUGUGUGGCUCAAAAUUUGAACGUUCAAAUUCUGUUCACGGUUUCAUUACAUACGUAUACCACCUUUCAACCUUUUAACAAUUCGCAUGGAUUUCCGUUUACCCGAGUAACGUUUCACAUAAUUAUUUUCCUUACCCUUGUGUCCAUAGGUAUUGAACUGAUAUUGAAGUAAACUCUUUGUACCACUUGUAUUAAUUAAACGGAACAUCGAAUAUCAGAAAAAUGUAUCGGAAGAACAUUAACAAAUGAUUCAAAAAUUAAUUGCUAGAUUAAACACCUUAUAAACACCUUGUUUACUUGUUCAGGAAAAAUUAUACUUCAAUUCAUCACGCCGAGUCUGAGUCUGAUUUAAACAGAUUGAGUGUUACUUUUGAAAAAUUUCAUUAAUAUUUCUCAACAAAUCAUAUAAGAGUAACAAUCAGUGACGCGAAAUUACCUAAAUAUGGUCUUUUCGGAUAUAGCUGACAAAAUCUGUCAUUUUUUUGUUUAAGGUAUCAACUGUUGGUUUAGACAAAAUCUUUUACUUCAUUUGUUUAACAAAAUAUUCUAUUAUUUAGACCACACUAGCCAAAACUCAUAGCAUAUUUUCGUCAAAGUCGUUCGAUAACAGAUGACUUAAAUUCAGUUCGGAUAUCGAUGAAUUUAUCUUCAAUCGAUAUUUAUAUUUUCAGUCAAUAUUUUAAUCGGACCAGUUUAUUCGAGCCCAUAAAAACCAGUAUUAAAUGAAGAAUCCAUUACUUUGAAUUGCAUGUUAAUGGAAAUCAGAACAGGGAUGCAUUUUAUGUUUGAUAUUUUCAGACUAAACACUUUUUUUUUAUUAUAAAACAAUGUUUCCAAGAAGAAAACUGAGUUAACUAAACAAACACCCCAACGAUAUCGAACAAAAAACAUUUAUGUUACGUACCCAUAUACGUUAAAUGUGUAAUAUGUGUGUAAGCAAGAAAAUACAAAAUAGAAAAAAAAACUGCUGACCAAAAUGAAAAUUAUUAUUUCUGUUUGUAUAAUUUGGCUAACGGAACUGAAUGUAUUCAUCAAAAAAUAUUUUCCAUGUAAUGUUUUGUUAUAAAAAAAAUGUUAAAAGUUAAGAGACAAAAAAGAAAUAAAUUAAACAUAAAGUACUUAGUUAUAAAUGUGCUGACCAACUGGAAUUUUAACAUUACAUUUUCAAAUGAAAAAUUAAUUUACAAACAAAAACAAAACAAACAAAAAAAUGGUAAAUGGAUGGCCUUUUGCAAGUUAAUAUUUUUAUGUUUCUCUUCGAUGGCACCUAAUUAAAUAAAAAAAUCUUAUGUUUUAAUACCAAAGAACAAAAACAAAAAUGAAAUAAGAGAAAAAAAAAAUAUCUAAGAAAAUGAGGAUUCGUCCGAUUAGAAUAAAAUUAGGCCUUAUCAUAAUGCAAUAUUUAGUAAAUUAAAUUAUUUAAAUAGAAUAUUGUAAAUGAAAUACUAAGAAAUUGAUAAAAAGAAAAAUAAACUACUAGACACACACUCAAAACACAAAGUUAGUUGUUUAUUAUAAAAUAGUUAACAUAAAUAGUUGCCUGAAAUAAAGAAAAAAAAAUAAAAAUUAAAGAAAAAAGUAUUUAAAAAAUGGAAAUAACAAAAAAAUUAAAAAAAUAAGUUUAACAGAUCUAAAGUUGAAGGUAUUAAAUAUAGUAUGACGUAAUUGAAACGAUUUAUUAACGCAGUAAGAUUUAUCAUUACUCUCGUAAAUUUUCUCCUUACUUUUACAAAGUUGCAUUUCCUAUACCAGUAUACUUUCAACACUGGUAUGUCAAAAUUUAAACGGGAGUAAUACUACACUUCUAUCGUCUACUACCAAUGCAGACAUUCCUGAUCUACAUUACAAAAUCUUUUGCAAUCUCCCACAGCUUAUCUCUUACUAAAAAAUUGAAUCCAAUUUACUGAUGAUAUUACUUUCCUCUAAAUAUCCGGCCUGAUUUCAGAACUUUUGUUGUUUUUUGAGAAAAUGUGAGUCUUGCACGAAGUACAUUAAGCGGAAAAUACAACAAGAAUCGAUGCAAGGAAAAGACAAGACGUUCAAGUGAAUAAUUUCGGAAAAUGUUCACUAAUGAGUUUCAAACAAAUUGGUAUAUUAAAGAUGAGGUAAUUGCAAUGAAGAUACAAGAUACGAAGCCCGUGUUAGCUAUUUUGCCUUCGCACAUAGAGAGCUUUUCGAGCCCAUUUUUCAAUAUCUAUAGUCCUACAUUCUUUUCGAUUUACGAACCUAAGGUAUUUGUGUGUAACACCUAAUUUCAAUUUUUUAUUUGAUAAAGAACCAAAGAAAAAGAAAAUAAUUAAAAGUGCAAAAAAACCAAAAUUUUUAAAACCGGAAAAAUCAGUCAGGUAUAUUGAGCAUCAACGCUGCCAUACGAUUCUACUGUUCCUUUAGUGGCACCAAGUCUUUGUUUUACCCUUUUUUUACAGCCAUCCAUUCAAUAUUAUAAUGUAAAUUCCAUUUGAUUGAAACUUUUUUAUUUUAAAUUUAUUUUUUCAAAAAUAAAACAACAGAUUGGUCAGCGUGAAGCGCACAUAGUAAGCAUAACUUAUAUUUAAAUGGUCGAAAAUUUGUAAAACGAAAUGAAAUUAAAAAUUGAAAGAAUAUUUAAUUGUUUUGUGUUAAUUUGUAAGAUGAAGAUGUUAGUAUAUUUAAUAAAUUAAUAAUCACUAAUUUAAAAGAGAUUGUAUGAAUGAAAAAUGAACAACAACAACAACAACAACAAAAAACAUUAAGCACAAAAUAUGUAAUUGAAAAAAAGGAGAAAAUACUUUCAUUAAAUAAAAGAAACCCAACGCGCAUAUUUAAAAAGAAAUGUAAUAAAAAUGUGUGUUCGAAAAAAAACUUUUAGAAAAAGUACAUUUUAAAAGAGGCUACUAAAUUAGUAACACAAAGACUUUCCUGAGACAUCUUAACAGUUCACUAAAACUUUUCUUUGUCGUAGACUGAUUUUUUAGGUGCUAAGGGAAAACCUCAUUUACUUGAUCUUUUUUGGUGACCAUACCAGUUUUUCACAACGCCUACACAAACUAUCCAAAGUUUUGUCAACACACAAAUUUAUUGAGAAUAAUUCAAUUGUUAAGCGACAAUAUGAUGAGGAUAAAAAUGGCAUAAUUGAAUUGUAUCAAAAUGAGAUACAUAAUUAGAUCACCAUAGAACAAUUAACAAAUUUCAAAUCUUCAAAUCAAUCCAAAAUACAAUAUGAUUCACAAUUUCGAUUUCCUUUCGUUCACUUUUCAUUUACAAAAGCUACAAUACAGAUGGGGGAGUCGUACAAUAGGCAUAGCUUGCAACAGCUGGUUUCUUUUUCUAUCUGGUAUAUUGUUCGUAUUUAUGUGCUGCAGUGCGAUGUAUGUAGUGCCAAUUGAUUUUCAUAUUCACGCACUAGUGUGGAAAAAAGUAGUUUGCAAAAAUGCAGACCCUACUGCCAUGGAUAAAAUCGUAUUCCUAACUUAUGCUUUCACUGGAAAUCCGAGGUUAACAAUUUUCUCAUCUUUUGAGCAGCAUUUCCAUUAAGGCACAUUUUAGGAAAUUAGCUGUUAUGUGGUGUUCUCCCUACUACUCGAACUCAUGUGAAGGGCAGUUACAAAAAUACCAAAAUAUAAAGAAAACAAUGGAAUCCACGGUACUCAAACAGCUCUUGCGAUGCCUAUAGCAGAAUUCCUGUAACUGUAAUUGAACGUAUGAUUGAUAGCAUUUAGGGCCUCAGGUGUAUGUAAAAAAAUGAAAUUUAAAAAAUGUAGUAGCUAGGAAACACAUGAAAAUUAGCCUGAUAGUAAAAACUAAAAAGAAUUAAAGAAAAAUAAAAUUAUUGAAGAUUCCUGCGGCUAAAACAUAAACGUAAACAUUUAUUAAAAUAAGAAACAUAGUUUGAAUUAAGUUAACAAACCAAUAUGAGUUCACGAUGGAGAACAUAUAAUGACGGAAAUUUAAAGAAGAAAUUAUCUAAAAAUUAAAAAAUUCCAUGAAAGAAUAUAACAAACAAUUAAAUUUACUGAAAGAGAAAGAAAUAGAAAUAAGGAAAAAAAUAUUUUUUUUCUGUAAAUAGCGACACAUAAAAGUAAGAUAUACCAUAAUUUUGAAUCACAUUAGGUUCAAUAAAAAAAAAUAUUAAAAAAAUACAUUCAUCGAUUAAACUUAAUAAAAUUUAAUAGAAACAAAAAAAAAACAUUUUGAGGGUUGGAAAGAAGAAAACUUAUUUUUAAAAUCUUUUUAAACUGACAUAAAACACUAAUUUAACAAUUUGUUACUGAAAAAUUUAUUUUUAAAAAGAAAUUUAUAUAAAAUUUAUUAAAGAAAAAAAUAUGAAAAAAUAUUUAAAAAAAACCGAAAUGAAAAUUCUUUAUUUUUAGCAGUUAAUUAAGUAACUUCAUAAAAUAAAAACAAUUCAUCCAAAUCCUCAAAUUCUGUAAUAAAUACAAAUCUAAAAUAAUUUAACAAAAAAAUAUAAUUAACUAUACCAGCAAGUAACACUUAUAGACAGAUUAUAAUUAAACUAACAAAAUUAUAAAUAUUAUAUUAUGAAAAAAAACAGUAAAAAAAGAAGAAAACAAAAUAAAAAAUUAAUAUAUAUUUGAAAAUGUGAAUGAAUGAAUGUUAUAACAUAAAAAAAUAUUGAUAAAAUUAUAAAAAAAAUAAAUAUGAAAUUAAAAUACAUAGAAAGUAUAAAUUUAGAGUAUGACCGACUGUGUACAAGAACAUGAACGCAUGUGGAAAUUAAUAUUAAAAAAGUAAAAAAAAAAUAAAAAAAAACAUAAAAAACAGUAUGGUAUAGAAAAAGACACUAUGAAUAUACCUUAAAAAUAUGUACGUGUUGGUUCGAUUUAAAGAGCAUUAAAAUGUUAGAAAAAA